AUGGCGCAACCCAACCCCAGUCACAGCGUCCCUCAGGACCUUAUGCCACAUGUCCACCUCAUCUCGUCGUAUCGAUAUCCAGCGAUCCCCCGGCUCGACUUCAACGAGGUUGCCAAGUGGCUUAUGAAUGCGCCCCAGAUUGCGAGAGACCAGGCGCCUUUCUUCUGGACAUAUCUCGAUAAGCCCGCCGACGGCACCAUUCUGCUGACAUGGCAGCCUCUCUCAAGACUGGGGACCAAUUUCGCGACGGAUGGCUUUGUCUGGGCGCCGCCUGAGCAGAUCUACAAGCAUGAUCUGGGCAAUGGAUUGAUGCUCGAGAUAUACUACCUCAAGGCAGGCUAUAUCCCCGGCGAGCAAUUCACUCUCCACGCGCGAAGACGAUUCCGACUUGUUCCAGUGGCCGGCCACCCCAAUCCCCCGCAGCCAGACCCCAACUUGUUCAUUGUGCAUUACGGCCCUGCGGAGAUGAACGAUCGCGUCCCUGUUGCCAUGAUCCCUUAUGACGAGAGGGUGAAUGCCAUCAUGCAGCAACGCCACUUUCUCCAGAGAGCGGGCCAGAUUCGUCGAAAGGAAUUUAUGUUAUCCGAUCGAGUCAACUGGCCCUCACUUCCAGAGCUCACCCGCCAGCAGAUGGGGCCACAGAUGAACCCUCGCGGUGUGCCUCAGCAGAUGGCAUAUCCUGCCCAGCCACCGCCACCUGGCCCGCCUCCUAAGAGGGCUCGCCACGGCCAGGCUCAGGCCCAGCAAGCAGCGCUGCCACCAGGAAUGCCACCUGUUGAUGCUGCCUUUGAUGAUGACGAGGAUAUCUCGAGGGGAGACAUGUUUGACCACCUGACCCCGAGAGAGAUCUCAAUGAGUCGUUAUCAGCAGAAUCACGAGUGGAUGGAGGAAAUCCUCUCUUCUGCGUACAGAAUAAGUCAGAUCACACCAGCAGACCUCGGCCUGGGUCUCAAGGGUGAACUGGCAUCCCUAACAGAGGGCAUUUUCACUGCCCAGGGUGGCGAGGCAUACAGCCAGGCCCCAGAAAAAGCAUACAUCGGACGUUUGGAUCCUGGUCAGGCAGACGAAUUCCGCAAGCGCGUCGACAAGUAUGUCAGCUCCACUCAAGCUGAGAUCCAGAAAAUGGAAGAAGAGCACCAGAAGAUGAUGACUGCGCUGAAAGAACACUCACUGCUGAAAAUUAAAGAGAAGGAGCUUAGAAACAUUAUUGACGGACAUGGAUCUGCCCAUGGAAAACACCAGUCUGACGAUGAACCCGUGGGCCGCCAUGUUUCGAAACACUCCAUCGAGGAAGUCGUGCAGCAGGUAGAGUCAUCAUCAGGCCGCAAGAUUGUUAGCCUACCACUCUUCAAGCGCAUCCAAGACGGCGGUUACCAAGCUCCCGCCCCUGAACCGCCAGCACCGGGCUCAACUGCAGAACUCUCUAGACAGCCAUCUCGGGCGGGUUCCCAAGCAAGCGGUGCAAUGAUGGGUGAAACUGACAUGGACAUGGGUGAUACAGCAUCCGGACUACUAGACCAAAUGCACACCGGAUUCUCUUCCACAUCGACGCCGGUCAACAACUUCCCAACGCCUCAACCCCAAAUCUCCGCCGGCCAGUCUGGCACAGCUACUCCGGCACAAGCUGCAAAUGCCGCUUCACCAGCACCCGCACCCGCACCCGCACCCGCGGCACCUGCAGCUGCUCCCCCGCAGCCUUCGGGAGACAUAGAAAUGGGCGGAACUGAUACUGCUGCCGAGAACGAGGUACGAACUACGCCUGACCAUGGCACUGGUAGUGGAGACUGGGUGGUGGUUCCCAAAGAUGACGACAAGGCAACGGCUAACGAUGCGGCUCAGGCAACAACACAACCUCCUGUUGAUGCUGCCACCACCACUGCUGCCCCUGCUCCCGCUAUCGGGACUGAUGCGGAGAGCGAUGAGGCCAAACCACCAACACCAGCGGCUGCUAAACCGCCCUCAGCAGCAGCCACCCCUGCGGUUACGGAAGGGGGCUCGGUAUCCUUUGAUCAGAAUGACUUUAGCUCUCUAGGCGAUUUAGACACAGCGGGCGAUGCCCUCGCGGGUUAUGAUGCCCCAGAGCUGGAUGGCUCAGCAGGCGGACUCGGCGACGGUCUGGAUCUUCAGAUGGACAUGGAGGACUCGGCAUUUGGAGAUGCUUUUCACGGCGUUGAUGCUUCUCAUACCCCGGGGGAUGGACAAAAUCAGGAUGGCAUGUGAAAUCGUUUUGUAAUUUGAUUUGCUUUUCUUAAUAGGAAAUCGGGAAGAAAAAGACAUUAUUUAGAUGAUAGUGUUAGUGUUUAAGUAGAGGGCUAUCUUUGCCGGCGGUUUGAUGCAAUUGCGUUGUUAAAACUGGCAGAGAAUGUAAUAUUGGGAUGAGAAAGAUUCAAUCCG